AUGUCAAAUGUGCUUGAGUUACCUUUGCAUCACACCAACCAGAGGCCUGAUGUUCUGGCGGGCCGUGGUGAGGACAGGGCUCUGGCUGUGCUGCUGGAGCAGGCGUUCAGGAUCAAGGAGGAAGUGUCCUCUGGUCUGCAGAGGUGUGAGGGAAGUGCCCAGGCACAGACUUUGUCCCGCACACUGCUGCAGAGUCACAUCCUCACCAUCACACGCAUCGUCCAGCAGCUCAGUGUCAAUGUACAGAGCCUGCAGCGGCAAAUAGUAGAGCGAGAUUGGGUUACAAAUGGAACCACACAGGCUGUUCAAUGGCUUGACAGCAAAAGCAUGGCUGGCAUCGGGGACCUGAGGGGACGAGUAACCAGGUGUGAUGCGAGCCUGGUACAGCUGAGUGCUGAAGUGAAGAGCACAGAGAGGCAGGUGAUGCAUCUGCAGCAUGAGGUGAACCAGCUCCGAUCAGCUGUGGAGCUCAGGAUUAAAGAGGUGCAUGUUAAGCUGCAGCGUGACCUUGGCCGAUUGGAGGCUUCCUUGGCAGAAGUGUACCAGAUCCAAAGGAGCUUCAUGUCAGAGCAGGAGGCAGAGCGUGGACUACUCAACAGACUGCAGGCCCUUGAAAUUGGUCUGGAACAGUUCAGAAGUCAGCAGGAGCAGGCCGUGUGCAAUCAGGCCGAGAGGCUUAAAAACAUGGAGACCAGACUCAGCAACAAGGUGGACGCACUAGAGAAGAUCCUCCAUCAUGAAGUGCAGCUGCUCAAACACAACUACCACAAAGGAUUCAGGUCUGUGCACGAUGCCAUUGAAACACUGAAGGAAAUAGCAGACCUCAACUCUCGCCUGCAGAAAGGAAAAAUUCAAAAGGAACUCGCCAGAUUUGAGUUGAGCUGA